UACGACCAAAUGAUGGCAUGUAAUCUUAUCUGUAACAUGAUUCAAGACUCGGACGCCAACGAUGCAAUGAAAAUGUUACAAACCAAACUCGAAGGUCUUAUUGCAGCGAUGAAGAAUCGUUCUCCUCCACUGCCAGGUAGUCCAACCAAAUCACCAGCCUCUUCUUGCAAGGAACACUACGAAAAAUACAAGUGGACAAAGAGUCAAGUUUACCCUCUAAUAUUUGGUUCACAAAACGUUCCUGUUUACUGUCACAUGGGAAACUUUGGAUGUGGAGAUGGAGGAUGGACUUUGGCCAUGAAGAUUGACGGAAAGAAGAAAACCUUUCAUUAUGAUUCCAAGUUUUGGAGCGACAAAAAUAUCUACAACCUUCCCGGAGGAAAGACUAGCUUUGACUCACAAGAGACCAAAUUACCAACCUACUGGAGCACACCCUUCUCUAGGAUCUGCCUUGGUAUGAAAAUCAACCAACAGCUCAGGUUUAUUGUUAUCAACAAGCAGGCAAGCUCUCUCCACUCACUAAUCGCUGAUGGAAAAUACCGCGCCACCUCAUCGGGUCGCAACGCGUGGAAGAAGUUGAUCGGUUCACAAUCCUCCUUACAGGCCAACUGUAACAAGGAAGGCUUUAAUGCUGCGGGAAAAACCACCGGUACUGUGGGAAGUGCCAAAGGCUAUUCCAGGGCAAGAAUCGGUAUUCUUGGAAAUAAUGAAAAGGACUGCGUUAGCACUGAUUCCAGAAUCGGUUUUGGGACGGGAGGAUAUGUUGACGACUCAAACACGUGUGGUAAUGAUGCUUUAAAAGGUCACACAUCGGACAAUGGAGAGAAGCACAUCAAAGCUAUGGGAUAUAUCUUGGUGCAGUGA